GAGCUGAGUUAGCUUGACGUUUAUGUACUCUCUGCUGAAACAAGUUAGCGGGGUAGCUCCUGGCUUCAACGUCACAUCGUUUCCGUUUGCUUCACAGCUUUUUAUGAACGUGUCUGUGUUUAAGCAAAAGUUAGUGGCAGCGCCUUUUCGGUGUCUGUAACCAUGAGUAUGGCAGGGGAACGUGGCGUGCGUCCUGUGUACACAUUUCCAGAGCUCUCCUUCCUAGGCUAGGGAUUUCCGUUCAUUAGCGUCGCUCGCGCUACCGUCCGGCAGCAAUGUGCGAGGAGGGGGACGAGGUGCAGGACGAGUGCGGCUCCCGGGAGGAGUGGACGCUGCUGUUCUGGACCUCUCUUGCUGUCGUUAUCCCGGUCAUCAUCACACUGUGGUGCAGCGCGCAGCGCUCCAAGCGCAAAACGCAUAUGAAGGAUUUCUUUCGCAAGAGCAAACACGGCUGGCACUACACAGACCUGUUCAACAAGCCCACCUACUGCUGCGUCUGUUCCCAGCACAUCCUGCAAGGGGCUUUCUGCGACUGCUGCGGUGUGUGCGCCGACGAGCACUGCCUGCGCAGAGCCGACCAGGGCCUGCCGUGCAAAGAGAUCAUGGCGCCCUCGGGCCCUGAUGGAGCCAUGGAGCAUCGCUGGGUCCGCGGAAAUGUCCCCCUGGCCAGCUACUGUGCAGUAUGCAAACAACAGUGUGGGACCCAGCCGAAGCUGUGCGACUUCAGGUGUGUGUGGUGUCAGACCACAGUGCAUGAUGACUGCAUGGACAGCCUGGCGGAUAUGGACCACUGUGACCUGGGCGAGUUCCGCAGCCUCAUCAUCCCUCCUCACUACCUCUACUGUGUCAACAAGCUCCGCCGCAGGCACCCCGACGAGUACACCAAGCUGGCAUCUUCCUGUGGCAAUGCCUGGACUCCAGUGUUGGUCUUGGCUAACACGCGUAGCGGUAACAACAUGGGGGAGGCGCUGCUGGGAGAAUUUCGCACACUUCUUAAUCCUGUGCAGGUGUUCGACCUGUCGGAGCUGUCACCCUCCAAAGCCCUCCAGCUGUGCACUCUGCUUCCUCCUGGCAGUGUCCGAGUACUGGUGUGUGGAGGCGAUGGCACAGUGGGUUGGACGCUGGAUGCCAUCGACACUAUGAAGCUAAAGGGCCAAGACCUGUUUAUCCCAAGGGUGACCAUCCUGCCCCUGGGGACAGGAAAUGAUCUUUCCAACACUUUGGGCUGGGGUGCCGGGUAUGCUGGAGAGAUCCCUGUGGAGCAGGUUCUCCGUAACGUUCUCGAUGCAGAAGUUGUCAAAAUGGACAGAUGGAAAGUGCAAGUAGCUUCAAAAGGCCUCUACUUUCGGAAACCAAAGGUUCUUUCCAUGAACAACUACUUCUCUGUGGGGCCUGACGCUCUGAUGGCGCUCAACUUCCACACACACCGUGAGAAAACGCCCUCCUUCUUCUCCAGCCGCAUUAUCAACAAGGCUGUAUAUUUUCUGUACGGCACCAAAGAUUGUUUGGUCCAAGAGUGUAAGGACCUGGAUAAGAGGAUUGAGUACGAGUUGGAUGGGGAGAGGGUUGCUCUGCCCAGUCUGGAGGGCAUUAUAGUUUGUAACAUUGGCUACUGGGGUGGAGGCUGCAGACUCUGGGAGGGUAUGGGAGAUGAGCCCUGCCCCCCGACACAGCUGGAUGACGGUCUGCUGGAGGUGGUGGGUGUAUUUGGCUCCUUCCACUGUGCUCAGAUCCAGGUCAAGCUGGCCAACCCUUUACGGCUGGGACAGGCCCACACUGUCAGGCUGGUUCUCAAGAGCUCCAAGAUGCCCAUGCAGGUGGACGGGGAACCGUGGGCCCAGGGACCCUGCACCAUCACCAUCACUCAUAAGACCCAGGCCCUCAUGCUGUACCACAGCGCAGAGCAGACGGAUGAUGAUGACGAUGAAUCCAGCACCUCCGAAACAGAGAGCCCCACCCCUCAUGGCUCACCCAGAUCCCCACGGCCUGCUUCAGGACCCACCUUGUGACCUGAAGCUAUUCUAAAGUUUCCGUCUUUCUUCAGCCCACUUUCUGUCAUCCCUCAUUUGCAGUGGAGCUUAGUUGUCCUCUCAAAGAUCUUUGAGCACACUUUACCCUCAGUGGUGUUGGUGAUAUUAGAUGUUAUAAUUUUCAUCAUUUCAGACCUUUUCAGGGAUCGCAGGGUUGUAGUACGAUUGGUUUGGAAUUGGGCUGGUAUGAGUUUUCGUUGUUGUAAUCCCGAGCUCAGGCAGUUCCCCACCACAGGUGGGACAGUCGGGAGGAGGCGAGCGUUAUUGAGAAAGAUCGCUGUUUAUUGCACUGAUGCCUUGUGCCAUAGAUAUCUAUAGUUGAAUAUACUGUUGCUAUUAUACUGUAUUUACAAUUGAAUGCCCAGUGCUGCCCUGCAGGUAUCGGUGAGCCAUUGUUAACAAGUUCCCCGGGUUCAGUUGACCAAACGCCCUCAAAGCCAUUUUUUUCAAUCAACUGCAGGUGGUGAGAUAAUACAGGAGAGAGCGGUACUGAUGUAAUGAGUGUCAUGUGGAGGUUUGGCUUAAAGUACAUGCAAAGUUUGAUUGUCGGUUAGUGAGAUUUAUAACACGAAAAGCACAAACAGCAAACCAAUAUUAUACAGGCAAGCAGAAAUCUAGUGGGUGAAACAUUAAACUGCACAAAAUAUUUGUUACUUCCUCCUUUCAGACUGCUCAUCAGUGCUGAUAGUUUUUUUUUUUUUUUUUUUUUGUCUCCUGUAUUUGUCAUCCAGCGUUAAGGCUUUAAAAUGCGUGUGUGUAGUCUAAAUGGUCUUUGAGUCUCAAUGGAACAAUGGCACUGUUGACAACUGCAAUGUGUUGGCAGUCAUUGGACAUCAGUGUUUGUUUACUUCAUGAUGCACUGUCUCAAGUAGCUCACCAAACUAAGAUACAGUCUUGAACCUAUAUUUAGCUUUACUGUAAGCGCCACAGGAAGUUGAGGUUUACUUUGAAAGCACUGCCCUUGUGGAACUGUCGUUCAGAGGAUCCAUUAAACUUGUGUUAGAGCUUUUUGUGUUGCAUUGUUUGACACCUACACUGACUUACGCAGCUUAUAUACAUGAAACCAUAAUCUUGACGUUUGACAAUGCUGCUGAUUGUGAUAAGCUAAUGAGGCUAUGCUCCCCUAUGUGAUUCUGUCUUUCAAGCAGUCCUCUUGCACUUCAUGUUUUCCCAGUAAUCACCACAAGGUGGCGCCCUAAAUAGUUUUAUCCUGCAGAUAAAUUGAAUUGGGCUUCAGUUCAGUGUCAGUACUACCAUAUAUGCACUUUUCUGUGUAGCGUUCAGGUGACAUUGAUCUACCUGUUCAGUGCUGUUGGUUGUUUCUUCCCUGUAAAUGGUUUUGUGGUUUCACCAGUGUCUGGUCAGUGUCUUCUUGCUCAAGGACACCGGUUUGAUCUUUCACCUUGUCAUCCAUGUUUACCUGUGUGUGUGUGUGUGUAUUCUGUUGUGUUGCACUGAGUUUGUAUAAACAUAGUUUUGGGUUUUAUUGGCAGGUUGCUAGCCACACUAGCGACAUGGCUGUAGUUCAAAACACCAUUUUAGAGUGAAAUAUGUUGGCAACUGUAGGACUGGUUUGUCAUGCAGUUCUACACAGACAUUGCUGAGCCUAAUGAUUGUAUUGAUCCUCUGGGUAUUAGAACAUGUUGUGCUUGUCAAAUAUUUGGUAGAGUUGCACUCCAAAAAAGUCUGGGGCCUGUUCCAUGAAGCGAGAGCUGCGGGGUCUGUCAGCUUUGAGCUCAACUCUGGCUUUCUGGCUGGUUGAUGGUGUUCCCAUCCGGUUACAGUUAUAUUUGCAAUAGUGCAAUAGAUACCAUGUGAAAUAAAAAGUAAACCCUC